CCAACGCUGUCUUCUUUCCCAGCUUUGCUUGUCAGGCCCUUGGGAAAGGAGCACACCGUGUCCCGGCUGCUGCGGGUUAUGCAGUGUCUGUCGCGUAUUGAAGAAGGGGAGAAUUUAGACUGUUCCUUUGAUAUGGAGGCUGAGCUCACACCCCUGGAAUCAGCUAUCAAUGUGCUGGAGAUGAUUAAAACGGAAUUUACACUGACAGAGGCAGUGGUGGAAUCCAGUAGAAAACUGGUCAAGGAGGCUGCUGUCAUUAUUUGUAUUAAAAAUAAAGAAUUUGAAAAGGCUUCAAAAAUUUUGAAAAAACAUAUGUCCAAGGACCCCACAACUCAGAAACUGAGAAAUGAUCUCCUGAACAUCAUCCGUGAAAAGAACUUGGCCCACCCUGUUAUCCAGAACUUUUCCUAUGAGACCUUCCAACAGAAGAUGCUGCGCUUCCUGGAGAGUCACCUGGAUGAUGCAGAACCCUACCUCCUCACGAUGGCCAAAAAGGCUUUGAAAUCUGAGUCUUCUGCCUCAGCUACAGUGAAGGAAGAUAAACAGCCAGCACCAGAGCCUGUGGAAAAGCCACCCAGAGAACCUCCGAGGCAACUACGGAAUACUCCAACCACCUUUGGAAUUAUGACUCUGAAAGCAGCUUUCAAGACUCUGUGCGGUUCACAAGAUUCUGAGGCGAUCUUCUCAAAACUGGACCAGAAAGAUCUGGUACUUCCUACUAAAGCAUCCCUGUCGUCGCCGGCCCUCAAAAACAAGAGACCGAGAAAGGAUGAAAACGAAGGUUCAGCUCCUGCUGAGGGAGAGAGUGGCUCUGAACUGCAGCCCAAGAACAAGCGUAUGACAAUUAGCAGAUUGGUUUUGGAGGAGGAUAGUCAGAGUACUGAGCUGAGCCCAAGCCUCAACUCCUCUCAGGAAAUCAUUCCAGCGUCACCGUCCACGCCUGCCGUUCUCAACCAACCCCUUCCCAGGGAGAAGAGUCCCAAAUUACCCAAAGGCAAGUGGAACAGUUCUAAUGGGGUUGAAGAAAAAGAGACUUGGGUGGAAGAGGACGAACUGUUUGAUGUUCAGGCUUUUUAA